GCUGUGGCGGCUAUUCAGAUAUCCGGCCUGUGAAGGAGAGAAAUGGCCGCUGGCGUUUCUCGCCUGUGAUCAAUAGGAGAUGUUGGCCAAGUGGCUGCCAACCCCAAUCUGUUCUCGACCUCUCCAACCAAGAACCGAACGCCACGAUACACGCACCGACGAGCCUCUGUGCUCUGUAACAAUUCGCUCGCCGUCUGUCCCCGUCGCUCGCAGCCUCGGACCGCAGCCUGCGUGGAGGUGCUGCGUCGUCUCCGAACCCCAGUCAGGGCCGUUGUCUCCUCCACUCCACUGGCAGCGCCACGUCUGAGGGCUGCAGGGCCAACCUUCCGCAACUGCAUGAUGAACUUUCACGCUGUGCGAAGGUGGUAGUCGCCAACAACACAUCGACUACCUUUUGCGCCGCCUCCCCUCGCUCUUCCUCCGCCAGACUGACACCAUGGCCACCAGAAGCCAGCCCGAGCACUCGCAACCCGGCGACAUGCUCAUUGUUGUGCACGAAUUCCAAGCCCGAAGUCCGGAUGAGCUGAGUCUGGCGCGAGGUGACCGUAUCGAACUUAUUGAGCGCGACGACGAUUUCGGCGAUGGCUGGUUUUUGGGCAGAAACACCCAGAACGGGGACAACGGGCUCUUUCCUGAAGUCUACACGCGACCUGCUCCAAAACCGACCAUCACCGCACCCGCUCAUCACCGUGCGACUUCACAACCGUCUGUAGGAGCCACGACACUCCACGAUGGUGCCCCAGCCCCAGCCGUUGAACCUGGCACUGCCAUCUCCGAUUCUCACGUCUCCGAUUCCCAUGCCACUCAGUCCUUGACUACAACGGACCAGCCCCUUCCUCAGCCGGCGGCGCUGGAACCAGCAGCCGAAAUGGAGCCUCAUACAACAACGCCUCUGCACAUCUCGAGCCCAAACGUGGCCGCCCAGAUGGGUUCUUCGAACCGGACGUCUCUCCCUGUCGCCACGCGGAGUAUCAGCAUAGCAUUCGGUGGAGACCCGGGCAGCAUAGGGAGCCCGGUGAUGAAUGAGACGCUGAGCGUUAUUGACGAGCAUAUUACCGAUAUGAGCACGCCCCGGCAUAGCAUCGCGGGGAAGGAUCUGAGAGCAAAUGAUUCAGGGAGCGAGUACAGCAGUCACCAUCGCCUCUCGUACAUAAAUGGCCAAGAGACAGAGGAAGAGGAGCAAAACUUACACACUGAAGAGGAAGUCAUAAUAUGGACACCCGCACAAGUCGCGGAAUAUCUAGAGGACGUCGGCGUGGAAAAGAAGCAUUGCGACAUCUUCAAAGAGCAGGAGAUCUCUGGGGAGGUUCUUCUUGGCAUGGAUCAAGCAACCAUCUUCCUCAAGGAGUUCGAGUUGGGGCCUGUGGGCCCGCGGCUUCGGACGUGGUUAAAAAUAAAAGCAUUGCAGCAGGAGGUCAAGACUCUGAAGGAUGCUUCGAAGGGCAUACCCCACUUCGAUGCCCCCGAUGAGCCGAUAGCAGAGCCCGUUAGAAAUCGAGCUACAUCCAUGGGCGCCGUCCUCCCGAGGAUUCCGAGCUUAAGAGAAGCGCAAGGCGCGAAGGGCGGCUCAAUGAGACAACCCCUUCCACGUGCACACUCCACAGCCGGCCACUCUCCGUCCCCUAUUCAAGAAGCUACUUCACCACUUGCACAUACCACGCCAUCCUCCCCUCAGCCAGGGACGCCCACUCGUCCUUCUGCUGCAUCUGUUCGAAGUCUAAACCACAACAGACACUCGUCCAUCGAUUUUUCCGUAAAUCCACCUACCCCAAGCUCAAUUGGAACAGGAAAGUCGCAAGUCACCACUCAAGCCCCAGCACCACCUUCCCACAAGAAGAUGCCAUCAUUUGACCGCAACUGGUCGAUGGGCUCGCCACAGAAACCUGCUCAGGACUUAAGGAGGCCAUCCUCAUCAAACCACAUGCACUCAGCCAGCGCAGACGGGGCUGCAUAUGACACAUCUGGGGUGAACCGUGAUCUUGGCAUGAGUAUUGUGAGUGCCGCCGACCUGGAUCGGGGUUACUUCUCUGGCGGGGAGGUGGACAACCGGAAAGGUAGGAAUGUUCUUCGAAAGAAGGAGAGCCCCAACCAUUCCCGCAACCCCAGCUAUAGCACUGAAGCUGGACGACGAGCUGCCUACAAUCGACGUCAUAGUAGAGUCGGGAGUUCGGAUUCGGUAGCUGAAUCAGUUAGCCCGAUCUCUCCGGCCGCAAAGGCGUACUACGGUGCCAAUAUCAAAAGCCAUCGUAGUUCGAGUGCGUUUGAUUUCGUUCGGCCGCUGAAGCCUAUGAACGAUAGGUCCCCUACGGUAACUAAGCUUGAGUACGGAGAUUCCCCGAGUAUUGAUGCAAUCGCGAAUUCUCCUGCCCUUCCUGGCAGUGAAACGUCCUCACAAGGACGAGCGUCACCUUCACCCGCCGUCCAAAGUCACUCCCACUCCUUCUUUAGUAAGAAGUCAAGAGGCGCCGGUCUCCGUGCAAUUUCAGACGCAAUCACUGGAAGCGAGAAGGCGCAUGCAAGCGCGGCAGACAUUAAUACAUCGCCCAUCAAGGAGUCCCCAAUGCAAUCACCCACACGCACCGGCUCCAGUACACCAUCUGGCACCUCCAUCUCCAAGAGCUUCGAUCUCGAAAAUCCAGAAAUUAACAAGCGACUCACUGGUGGCUCAAGCUCAACAGCAGGAACUAGUCGGAAGAAGUCUAAGAAGCACGGCACUAGCGCCUAUCUUCGAGGUCGUGAGGCGAUUACCCCUCAGCAAGCCAUGGUAGGCUGUGAUUACAGUGGAUGGAUGAAGAAGAAAUCCUCAAGCCUCAUGACAACGUGGAAGACCCGGCUAUUCGUCCUCCGCGGGCGGCGUUUGUCCUACUUUUACACCGAAUUUGAUACAGAGGAAAAAGGACUCAUCGACAUAUCGUCGCAUCGCGUACUCCCGGCCAAUAACGAGAGAAUAACUGGGCUGCACGCCACGAUAACUCGAGCCUCUUCGUCUCCGUCAUCACCCCAGAACGCAACUAUCCCAACAGCUGCGUCAACCGAUAGCGCAAAUGCUAUAGAGGAGGAUAUGUCGGGAAUGUUCAUUUUUAAACUCGUUCCACCAAGAGCUGGGCUUCAAAAAGGUGUCCAAUUUACCAAGCCUCUUGUUCACUAUUUCGCAGUGGACAAUAUCCAACUAGGUCGUUUGUGGAUGGCUGCACUUAUGAAAGCUACAAUCGACAGGGAUGACUCGUUGCCUACAAGUACGACGUACCAGCAGAAGACCAUCACUCUUCAAAAAGCACAAGCCAUGCGACAGCGACCGCCCGCCCUCAUGGACGAUGAUGAUGAGGAGAAGAUGUCAGACGAUAUUGAGAGCAAAAAGAGCAAAAAGUCGAAAGAGAGCAUGCAAGAGAGCGUGAUCCAUGAAGAGGACGAGAAAAAAGGCCUCGCAAUUUCGGGCCUUGACGAUGCCAAAGCUCUCUUAGAUUAUGCUGAGACCGGAGAGACUCGGAAGCCACCCACAAUCGAGGUCAAGAAGAAGGAGAGCACUGCUCAUUUAAACAGGGAGCAGAGUGAAGUAACCGCAUGAAGUUCACGGUUUUUUAUUCUCUCGCUCGGACUUUUGAGCAUUCACCCGGCGAACCUGUGCUUGCAUACGCGAGAUACUACUUUUUUCCUUAAUUCUUUACACAAUUUAAUCCAUUCAUUGGGGAAGGAAAGGCGUUCAUUUUGGAUACUAAUCAUACGAUUGUACUAUAUCACACAUCGUAACCUUGGCUGAGAUUUGGCGCCUGAUGAGGAACUUGAGCAAGGUCAUGGUGUUGGUCGCAUUUCCUUCAUGAUUUUGAACGUUGAUGAAAGGUGGAUAUAGAUGACUUUGGAAUGGGAAAUACCUUACCGCUCUAAUACUGGCAUUGGCUAGUUAUCGUUCUUGUAAUUUUACGUAUAUCAGCG